GCGAGAUAAGAGCUCCCCCAAUGACUUGGUACCUGAAAUAUUUCACUGAUAAGCCUCAUUCUGCUGAUCUGGUCAGUUAACAAAUCUACCCAUCAAACAUGGGUACAUUUUUGGGACAUUUGGUUCCGGGCAUUUUUUUCACCAUUUUUGGAUUUUACCAUGUCAUUCGAGUGCUGCAGUGCUAUUUCAGUUCCCUAUAUUUCCCACAACAACACCCGUUCAGAAGUCAAGUGUGUUGGAGCUCACCGGGCAGGGUCCCUAUUGAAGCUUACGUGAAGGUUAUUGUCGUCGUUGUCGGAAUCAUAGGGGAAGUUUUCACGGCUUUCGAUGCCGAUUGGAACUUUGUUAAAAUCGGAAAUGGCCAGCAUAUUACAAUGUUUGCUUUCUUUGGGCUUCACGGCGUUGUGGAUCUUCUCAAUGCAUACCAAGGACAAAUUGUUCCCAUUGGCCUCGACUAUCUAUCGGGGGUUCUUGCCUUCGGCAUUGAAGGUGUGUUAUUCGCUUGGCAUUUACAUGGUCGCCCUGCCAUUGAUGUCCAAGUGCACACGCACUUGGUCUAUUUGAUUAUCAUGUGCGCUGUGGGUGGCAUUUGGGAAAUGAAUUGUCGACAUGACGUAAAGGCAGCCUUAACAAGAUCCACCUUCAUGGUGCUUCAAGGGCUUUGGUUCGUGGUGGUGGGGCAAAUUCUGUACCCUAUUUCUGGAAACCAAUGGAACAGUGAGAGUCACGAGCAAAUGAUGAUAGUGUCCAUGAUUUUCUGUUGGACCGUGGGCCUGGCCGUCGUUCUGGAACUUCUCAUGGCCAUGCUCAUGUUAAAAAUAGCCAAACGCCGCUACGGACAAAUUCCAGCACACGUGAGCAGCUCCACACAACAGGGCGUGCCCAUGCAAAAUACGAAUGGAGGCUACCAUCAGCUAAACCUGAACGAUCCUGUGCUCAAAAUGUUCUCGGAUGACGAUGAUGAGUUGUAAUGCGGAUACUAUCUUUCCUUGAAGGCCUUUUCAGAAUGAGGUGGCUCGAGAGUCAAUAAACUAAUAUGUAUUGAAAU